AUGCUGUCCAACAAGUUAUAUGUACUGCCUAGGGCUCUUUGCCGUGGCGUGAAAUCUGUUGGAGAUAUUGGUACAGGAGAGCAAUUGGAAGUGCCCAAAUUGCUAUCUACAGAUGCUUUAAGAAGCAACCUUUUCAAAUUGGACUGGAUACACAUGAUGACAAAGCUGAGGCCAUUUGUCCACACCUUCCUGAAAGAAGCCAGUAGUUUGUUCGAGAUGUACAUUUAUACAAUGGGCGAACGUCCUUAUGCAUUGGAAAUGGCAAACUUACUUGACCCUGGAGGUAUCUACUUCCAUUCUAGAGUGAUUGCUCAAUCAGACUCCACUCGGAGACAUCAAAAGGGUCUCGAUGUCGUUUUGGGCCAAGAAAGUGCUGUUGUGAUCCUUGAUGAUACUGAAGUGGUAUGGGGGAAGCACAGGGAAAAUCUUAUACUGAUGGACAGAUAUCAUUUCUUUACCUCAAGUUGUCGACAAUUCGGUUUGAAAUGUAAAUCACUUUCCGAACAGAAAAGUGAUGAAAAUGAAGCUGAGGGAGCGCUUGCCUCUGUCCUAGAAGUACUGCAAAGGAUCCACAGACUAUUCUUCGACCCGGAACGUGGGGACAAUAUUAUGGAGCGGGAUGUUAGGCAGGUGCUGAAAACUGUUCGGAAGGAAAUACUGAAGGGCUGUAAAAUCGUCUUCACUGGUGUAAUUCCCAUACAAUGCCAACCAGAAAACCACUACUACUGGAAAUUGGCUGAGAAAUUAGGAGCUACAUUCUCCACAGAAGUUGAUGAAUCGGUAACACAUGUGGUCUCCAUGAAUGACAAGACUGAAAAGUCACGUCAGGCAGUGCGGGAGAAGAAAUUUUUGGUCCAUCCAAGAUGGAUUGAAGCUGCUAACUACUUGUGGCGAAAGCCGCCUGAAGAGAACUUCCCAGUCAGUUCGUAACUAUUUGCUAACCUAGAUUUUGGGUGACUUAAUUGUAAAUUCUAGUAGAAUGCUUACAGGUUUCAUUCACCAACAGAAACUAUCCGAUGAGGAAAAAUAGUUCGCGCCCGAGGAAAUCAAACCAAACUCUGGCUAUAGUCGUUUUCACAGAUCUCUUGAAUUUUGUCUGGACGUCAACCAAAUUCAUGUGAUUGUGUGGCAUUCUGGAUGCUGAUUUUGCUAGUUAUAUUACAGUGCGUGACUUUCAGUUGAUUAAACUUGAAAGGAAUUGCGCGAUUUGCACUUA